AUGGACGGCCACACGGCCCAUGACCCACCACCACUCCUAGAAUUGAACGAGACAGAGGUGCUCAUGUGGCAUCUCCCCGACCCACCCUCGUACUGGGACCAUGACUUUGGCAACCUCACGUUGGAGGAAGGCGGCGGUCCCAGCUACAUUGGAUUCAUGGUCAUCCACGUUGUAUCCAUGAUAUUCGCCUACUUUGUAUUCCUACCUCUCGCCAUCGCCCUCCGUGGUGCCAAGCAUCCCUGGCACCCUCCCGUCAACACGGCUUAUCUCCUUCUAACAGCAGUCGGCUUCCUCUCAGGAACUGCUUACAAGAAGCUUACACCAGAUCUCUAUGAGGGAUCAGCACAUGGCACAAUGGGCGUGUGGCUUCUGACUAUCUCAACUCUCUUGUCCUUUGUCGAUGUCGCAGAUCUUCUCAAGCGCGCAUGGUCGUUCGUCCGGUCGUCAGAUAGGUCCCUGCACCGGCUCUGGACUUUUGUCAUUCUCGGCAAGUCGUCUCAUGGAUACGAUCUCGUGAAUCAGCCAGAGUCCUACAAGCUGCAGGAACACAUCGAAGAGGAAGAGUCGUUCAUCCCUUGCGAGCAGACCUCCGAAGACUGGCCUGACUCUGCACCGCCUCUCCAUUCACCGAUUCGUGAGACACUCACUGAUGAUCACUCGGAGACCACCCUGCACGAUAAUGGGCAUUCCCCGGUAGCCCACACCUUCCCUGGAGACCGCCAGAAUCGCGAACCUCUCACGCGCAUGAUCCUCCGCCGAACAUUCAUUGUUGCGGAGCAUAUACUUGUUGUAUUUGCCGCCGUCGUCACAUUAUCUGGCAUGACGAACUAUAUCGGGAUUUGCCGUGACAGUUACUUGAACGGUUGCAUGGCUCAUAUCAUCAAGGGCAGCAUCUUCUGGUUCUAUGGUAUUCUCACAUUUGCCCGUUACUGUGGCGCGUUCUCCCAAAUCGGCUGGGCAUGGAACCGCGUGUACACACCACCCGGAAAGCGGGCGCCUCCUUCGGCCGAGAUGAUCGAAUCCAUCGUCAUUUUCAUAUACGGUGCCACGAACACUUGGAUGGAGCGCUUCGGGGCUGCCCCGGGGUCGCCAUAUACGACCAAACAGAUUCAGCAUAUCUCCAUCGCUGUCAUGUUCUGGUUCGCAGGCCUGAUGGGUAUGGCACUGGAGUCGAAUACUGUUCGAAGGUUGCUGUCUACUCCUGCUCUUGUCCGAGCCUACCGCCCCGAAAGCGAGGUGCCCCAGCCGUGGAGCUAUCUCGGAAGCUUUAAUCCUUUUCCUGCACUUUGUAUCGGGAUUACCGGUGCAGCAAUGUCGGCGCAUCAUCAAACCUACGUUUUUCAGGUUGAAAUUCACGCGCUCUGGGGUCUCCUCCUGGGCGCAUUCGCAGUCUUCCGGUUCUUGACGUACUUCUUCCUGUGGCUCCGCCCGCCUACAUCCCCGCUUCCCUCUAGGCCACCCACUGAGGCGCUCGCUGCCUUUACGCUGGCAUGUGGAGGCUUGACGUUCAUCCUGAGCACAGAGGAAGUUACAUACAUUGCCAUGAGGAAUGGUAAAGAUGACAUGAUGAUGUUCCUUAAUCUCGUUGUGGCUAUCAUGUGCCUGAACUUCACAUGGGUUCUCGUAGUCCUUGGGAUCCGUGGAUGGGCCGUCGGGCGUAUGGCACGCGUCCACACUCCCACAAAGACGGUCAAUGCCUAA